AAAGUGUUUAGUAUUUUGUAUGAUUUGUUUUGUAAAUAUUUUCAGCAAUGUUGUUGCUUUAUUGCUUUUAGUGAAAUAUGUGAUUCAUUUCGGAAAAGAGAAAAGUGUUUUUACAUUGGUAAUCGCGUCAUUUAUUUUGUGUGCAAUUAUUGUGAAAUUUUAAUAUGGAGCUUAAGGAAAAGGAACAAGAGCCUGUGGAUACGAAAAAGCCCACAUUUCUGAACGUUAUGUGCGCAAUUUGUUGUGAAUUUUACGACAAAUCAGAUCGCAUCUAUUCCACGACCUGUGGUCAUUUAUUUCACAAUCGAUGCUUGUUUGCCGCAUUAAAUCAUUCAAAAUCAUGCCCUGAGUGUCGGCGACCUUGCACACGCAACAGAGUGCAUCCGGUAUUCUUGAAUUAUGGUGAACGUACAGAGAUGGACGUAAAAUGGAGUGAAUCUGCUGCUGCCGAUGCAUAUGCAAAUAUGCCUAUUUGGACACCACUUUUUGAAUUAGAGUUGCACGGUUCCGCGCGUGUACCAAUGGCCCCUCCAGAACCUGACGAAGCUAUUCAAACUGGAACUGAUUCAGAAGGCAAUGCUACUUAUGUUGCUCGCGUCUAUUUCCAAGAUGAUCUACUGCCGGCUGGUUAUGUACCCGCCAAGGGCGUUGCAUAUGCUUCUCAUGGCUGUAAUGGCUAUGCCUUUAGUCAAAAUGUGGAAUUGUUAAAUAACUUUAAACACAAGUGGGUAGCCGAUAGAGAUGGUCAUGUGCCAGAAGGUGCCAUAGUGGGUGGCUAUUCUGAACUUGGUGAAAAUUUAUAUGUGGCACGUGCGAAAUACAAUGAAAAGACGUUGCUUGGUAAGGUACAUCCAUCUCAUAGGGUAAUGUAUAUGCCGUAUGAUGGAAUUGAGGUGCACACAACCGAGUACGAAGUACUAGUACAAGAAAAUAUCACAGCGGAGAGUAGCGACGAAGCAAAUGAUGAAGCUUAAUAGUGCAUUUGGGUGAAUGUAGGAAUGUAGGAGCGACCGAACAGCGAUUCGAAAAGAAACCGAGCCGAACAUUUUCAAGGGCCAAAGUAAUAAAUAAGCAAUAACUUAAAAAAAUCCAAUACUUUUAUUAAUCGAGAAGCAUAAGAGGUGCCACCAUCUCUCGGUAUACCUGUAGAGCUGACCUGCACAGCAUGAACAAAUCCUCACCAGUCGCCCUGGAUGGAGGGGGGCAGAUAAUUUAUUGCAACAUAAAAUUUAGACUUUGACAUCAUUAUUUGAAAAUGUUAUAAUUAUUAAAAGUUUUUAAAACUUCUGAACAAAAAAAAAAUUUAAAGAAAUGUUCGGCUAAAGUCCGUUUUUUUUUUUACCAAAGCCGAACUGAAAUUUUGUGGCCGCAGUCGAAGUUUGGUCGUUCUCUAGUGGUAUGAAAGGAAAGCUAAUUAAAUUUGGAACCAAUUGCUGGAUGGUUACGAU